AUGGCGUUUUUAAAAAGUGUCCGCGUGAUUCUACUAGCACCGCUCUUUGUCACUCUAGUUUUUGUAAAUGUAGAAGCCCAAACAAGCCACUCCAAGUCCAAUAUCAUCAAAUUAGGUUCUUCAUUAGGCGCCAAUCUCUCUUGCAAUAUCAUUCAUGAUCACAAGAACAUCAGUAGUACAAGACUUACAAGUAGCUGCUGGUUCUCACCUUAUGGUCAUUUUGCCUUUGGUUUCUAUCCACAAGGUCAUGGCUUCGCUGUUGGCAUAUGGAUUGUUAAUCAAACCGAUCAAACCACCAUUGUUUGGACUGCGAAUCGCGACUACCCGCCACUGUCCUCAACUGCCACUCUGAAGUUAACAAGGAAAGGUAUGCUUCUCAAAGAAGAUAGUGCUAUGAACGAAUCAAAAGUCAUUACUCGACUCCGUGGCUCCGUCAACGCCCGUAGCUCCGACGUCGAAAGGACAACAACUUCAGCUGCUUUACUCGACUCGGGAAGUUUUGUGCUUUACUCCAAUCAUUCUAUCAUUUGGGACAGUUUUGAUUUUCCGACAGACACCAUUUUAGGAGGUCAGAACCUUUCCAUGGACCGAGAAUUGGUAUCUAGCAUUUCUACAACAAAUCAGUCAAGUGGAAAAUUUCGCCUCUUUUUGAAGUACGAUGGCAAUAUAAACCUUGGUUUGUUCCCUGUAAACACCUCAGAGACACUGGGAAACGCCUAUUGGGUUCCUGCCCCCGCUGGCCGUAUCUAUUAUAAAUUGUCCCUCAAUUUCGAUGGUGCUCUCUUUCUGACCGGUUCAUCUACAGAUGAAGACAUGGUUUUUGUAAAUGGGUCUUCUUCUUCUUCUUCCGCAGAAGGAAACAGAGUGGAAAACGGUAGCGUUAUCUACCGAGCGACGCUAGAUGACGAUGGAGUUUUUAGACUGUAUUCUCAUCACAGUUACAACGUAUCACAGAAGAACAAUAUUAUGUCAACUUUUCUGGUUGAAUGGUCAGCUUUGGACGACAAAUGCAAAGUAAAAGGUGUCUGUGGUUUCAACAGCUACUGUCGUCUACAAGAGAAAAAGACCGAGUGUUAUUGUUACCCUGGAUUCGCUUUCAUAAACCCUAAGAUGAGAUCCAUUGGCUGCUACCGGGAAUUCACCAGAGAUGGCUGCAAAACAGAAAAAGAUAAUGGAGAACCGGCUUCGUCCAUGAUUAGUUCGUACAAUAUUACUCCUUUUGAGAAUAUGUGGUGGGAUGAUUCUGAUCCAUACUCGGAGGUAUUAAUGGAAAAGAAGGCAUGCAGCAACUCUUGCCUAGCGGACUGUAACUAUUGGGCAGCGUUACAUACAGGCGACUAUUGCCGAAAAUGUAAGUUCCCACUUAAAUAUGGUAAAAGGGAUCCAUCUACAUCAGCAACGGCUUUCUUGAAGAUGGUACAUUUAGGAAACUAUAGUUUGAAAGCCCCGGUGGCCAUGAAUUCAACGGACUUAACUGAAGCCAGAAAAAGUACAAUCCUGAUCAUUCUUGGAUCAAGUUUGAGCUCCAUAGCAUUCUUGUGCUUGCUCUUGGCUAUUUCAGGGUUCCUUCUUUACAAGCAGAGAGUUCAUAGUUAUAACAAGCUCUUAAUGGAAAAUUCUAAAUUGGCAUUUGCCGAAGAUUUUGGUCUGCAGGUGUUUUCUUACAAUGAGCUCGAGAGAGCGACAGAGGGAUUCAAGGAUGAGCUAGGAAGAGGCUUGUUUGGAGCAGUCUACAGAGGGAAUUUAUUGUAUGGUGGUCAAAAUAAAGCCAUUGCUGUGAAACGACUCGAGAAAUUUGUGGAAGAUGGGAUAAGAGAGUUUCGAGCUGAAAUGUCGGCCAUUGGAAUGACUCAUCACAGGAACUUAGUUCAAUUGCUUGGUUUCUGCAUUGAGGAUUCUAAAGUGCUUCUUGUUUGUGAAUUCAUGAGUAAUGGUUCUCUCGCAGAUCUUCUCUUCAAGGCCGCGAAACAACCUUCAUGGAGAGAUAGAGUGAGAUUGAUUCAGGAAGUGGCUAAAGGGGUGCUCUAUCUGCAUGAAGAAUGCGCGGUCCAUAUUAUACACGGCAAUUUGAAUUCCCAAAAUAUUUUGCUAAAUGAAAGUUGGACUGCGAAGAUCUCUGAUUUUGGUUUCGCGAGGCUAUUAUUAAUGCCAAGCCAACUCAAAAUGUCGAAGGCCUUAGUGGAAGAAAGAGCAUCGUACUCUGCUCCUGAAUGGCAGAAGAAUGCGGUAAUAUCAGUUAAAGCUGAUGUUUUCAGCUUCGGUGUAGUGCUUUUGGAGACCAUAUGUUUUAAAAGAAACAUAGAUCUGAAGGUUUCCGAGGAAGAAGAGAUGGUUCUCUAUCAUUGGGUUUAUAAUUGCUAUAAGGCUGGAGAGUUGUUAAAGCUUGUGGAAGGUGAAAGAAAUAUUGAUGUAAGAACACUAGAAAGAUUGGUGAGAGUGGGAUUGUGGUGCACUCAAGAUGAUCCUGAUUUGCGCCCUUUGAUGAAGAAUGUCAUCUUGAUGUUAGAAGGCACAGUGGACGUUCCUCCUCCCCCUACUUAA